UUCCAACUUCAAUUCUCCACCUUCACAUUCCUUCUGCAAAUGCCCACCUUGCAUCUGCCUAAAGACUGCAUCAACUUGGAUUAUUUCGACUUCUCUGUUUCGCUCCAUCACUUGUGUUUCCUUACAAUAUUUAUAUUUAUAUAAAAAUACACACUCAAUCCAUUCAACUCCCAUCACCAUAUCUGAAUUUCAGAACAAAGAGACCCAAUUUCUAUUACAUAACUCUUAAUCACUAUCAUCAUAUCAGAAUAUAUUGAAAUCAUGUUUUAUUAACCCACGCGCUAAUUCUCAAUUCUCAAUUCCGUUGGCACUCACUUUUGUAUCCUCCAUGAAUCGGAACCAAAACGGCGGGUACUUGCUGGUUGUGCUUCAAAUUCCCCAAAAACAUAGGGACAUAAAUGGUAAGAUUCUUACAGUUUGGGGGGUUUAUUGGAAUUAACCGUCGUACAUCUCGUCCAUUAAUUUAAUAGAAAUUCGUUAUGACUCGCUGUCCUAAUCUCAUCUUAUUAACUGAAAGAGUUGAUGAGGAAUUUGAUUAAUUUAGCAAAUUAAAUUGAAGGGUUGAAGAUUACGCAGAGAGAAUCGUGGGACAAGAUCAAUAAUGGAAGAAAAGCUACUUGAUUGUUUUCUUGUACCAGCAGGACUCUUGUUAUUUACAUUGUACCACGUUUGUCUCCUUUACUGCAUAAUCCGCUAUCCCAGAAGCACUGUCAUUGGCCUCAAUGCUGAGUCUCGCUACCAGUGGGUUCUUUCCAUGAUGACUGAUCCCUUGAAGAAUGGUGUUUUGGCAGUUCAAACAUUGCGCAACAAUAUCAUGGCAUCCACAGUUUUAGCAACAACAGCAAUCACUCUCAGUUCACUGAUUAGUGUUUAUGUGAGUAGCACAUUGACCUCCGAAAAUAUGGCAUCAAAGUUAGUUUAUGGCAACAAGACUGCCUUAUUAUCUUCAAUCAAAUAUUUCUCUAUUUUACUAUGCUUCCUUGUUGCCUUUCUUUGCAAUGUGCAGUCUAUUAGAUACUAUGCCCAUGUUAGCUUUUUGGCCACUUUGCCUACAUCUGUAGGCAAAAGAGAUUCUAUUGAGUAUGUCGCAAGAAACUUGAAUCGAGGAAGUUUCUUUUGGUCCGUCGGACUGCGAGCUUUCUAUUUGUCAUUCUCUCUUUUUCUUUGGAUAUUUGGCCCCAUACCAAUGUUUGUGUGUUGCUGCAUAAUGUCAGUGAUUCUGUAUUUCUUGGACACAACCACCAGUUUUACUAGGCAUCUUCACACUUGCGCAUUCAAAGAUGCAGUGAAACCUGAUAAUUUGGAGUCUUCUGUUUGAUCAUUGUAAGCCCUGGAAUAUAGAUAUACUGUUAUUAAUGCUUAAACUAAAGGCAAAAUAUUUUUGAGAUGGUGAAUAUGAUGUUUGCUGUUAGGAUAUCUGUAAAGUUUGUAUUGCUGUUGAUUCUUGCUUUGUAAUGAAAAAGCUGUUUCAUCUUGGAGGAACUCUUUUAGUUGUUCAA